AUGGUUUGUUUUACACCGUUUCUCUACAUAGUGACACGCGAGCCAUUGGCUGAAACCCAAACUUUCCGUGUGCUCAUGGACCAGUUGGUUCUUGCUCUUACAUAUUUGAUUUUGUUGAAAUGUGCGCAUGUGCGCUUGCCGCCCAUUUGUGCCUCUUGGUCUGAAGUGACAUCUGAAGACUUGUGGGAUCUUCACCAUGUCUUAGCAUUACACAUGCAUGGGGAUGUCUUGGCAGAAGAAGUCAGCGUGGCUAUUCGCGCGGCAUACGAUUGGCACCAGCUCCGGCAGUCUGGUAAAGUUCUGUCAGAGAUGUGGUUUCGUGUGGUGAGAAAGCAAGUACCGCUUCCUCAUGCUCUCCUGACAGCCAUCCAUGUCUUGGAGAAGCGGCUGGCAGUGCCUCGAUUACCUUGUUUUCCAGAUGGUCAUGCUCUGCCGUGGUUUACGCAGUGCACGACUGCGCUGCGAGAAUUGGUGCCUUCAAGUAUGUUUUCGACGACUCAUGCUUUGCCUCUCCGUAUUUCUGGGGAAGCUACUUCUGGUUUGGUUGAGACCGACGCAUCGCCCUCUGUGGCUCCUGCAUCUGAAUGUCCGCUGGCCAUGCACAUGCUGCCGGACGAAGGAAUGGAUAGCAGUGUGGAUGAGGCAGAAGAGGAUUUGUCCGAUGUGAACGGGGAUGAGUCACCUAGGCAUUUGCAGCAGAAACUGGAGUUGCAUUCAUCGACUGAGAGAGACUUGAAUCGUUUUCGGAUACUGCACAGAGAUUUUCAACAGGAUCGCGCAAACGGUAUCGAUGAUGGUCUCUCGGUGGAUAUUCCGCUGUGGGCUCGCAAGAUUUUGGACAGAGAGGCGGCGAGCAGCCUUCAGCUUCGUCAUCAUCUGUCCGACGGGAGAGAAAGGAGAGGUGCCGCGCAGUCUUCUGUCAAUGCAGAAAAGAUUGAAGAGUACGUUGCAGUGGCAACUGCAGCAUGGACCGCAGACUCGCAGGAGGUAGCGGUCAAGAUGCCUCUGAACAAAGGGAAGUCAUGUCGACUCUGUGGCUCCACCAAGCACACCUUGGCAACUUGCUGUUGCCGUGGUGCUCCUGAGUUUAGAAAGCUGCUGAAGGCUAACCAAUGCAAGGCCAAAUCGAAGCAGAGUAGAACGUGCCGUGGGACUGGCACUGCUGCUGCGAGGAAAAGGGGUGCCAAGCCAGCAAAAAAGGUCGCUGUGUCCUCUCGGAAACGGCAAGCCAUAGCUCGUGCCAACUACUCUGGCGACAAGAAGACUUUCGACCAAAGACAUGACAGGCAAGGCUCAGGCGGCUCUGUUUGCUCAAAGCCGGAGAAGGCCUUAGAGGAGUUGCAAUCUCUGGGCUUUGUCAAUCGGCCCGGACUGUGUAGUUCGUGUGGCGUGGGGCAACUGCUCGGACCAGUUCCUCGUCACGAUGCGGGUUCAGAAGGAUCCUUGUACUACAGAUGCUCGAAUUGGGAAUGCAAGAAGUACACCAAUUGCUUGUCCCUGCAAACCUGGCUUUGUGGACUUGGACGCUUUGGGUUGCUGACACCGGUGCGGCUUUUGGGCAUUAUUAAGGUUUAUGCGACCAGAAAGUAUCCGCGGCCGCAGAAUGCGUGGCCUUUGGCUUGUGAAAACUACAAAGUGGUGCGCUUGGUGAUGGAUCGUCUUCGCCACCUUGAAGCAGAGGCAGGUCUGCGCAUGUGCAAAGAAGAGUCAUGGAAGCUCCGUGGCUCCGUCGAAGCCGAUGUGCAUCCUCGUGAGAAGCCGAAGCAUCUCCUAUUGUACUGGCGGUGGGGAGGCCUAGUGGAGCGAGGCCAAGGAGGAAAGAUCGUGUUGGCAGAACUUCCUCAUAAGUUGGUCAGUGGAAAGCAACAGUGA